AUGACACACGAAGCGGAUCCCGGCUGGCAGUUUCUUCGCCAGUCGCCAGAACAGCUGUUGGCGGCCACGACGAAGAAGUUCGACUCGAAGAAGAAUGUGUGGGUUGCUGAUCCAGAGGAAGGAUUCAUCGCCGCCGAAAUCAAGUCUUCGAAGGGAGACACCGUGGUUGUGGUGACAUCGAAAGGAGUCGAGAAGACGAUCAAGAAGGACGAUGCUCAACAAAUGAACCCUCCAAAAUACGAGAAGACCGAGGACAUGGCCAAUUUGACCUUCCUCAACGACGCUUCUGUUCUUCAUAACCUUCGUCAACGUUACUAUUCGAUGAUGAUUUAUAAUCUCCAUUUUCAGACUUACUCUGGACUUUUCUGCGUUGUCAUCAAUCCAUACAAACGUCUUCCGAUCUAUUCUGAAUCGGUGUGUCAAAUGUAUUUGGGAAAAAGAAGAAACGAGAUGCCACCCCACCUGUUCGCCGUCUCCGACGAGGCCUACAGAAACAUGACUAACGACAAGGAAAACCAAUCCAUGUUGAUUACCGGAGAGUCAGGAGCCGGAAAGACGGAGAACACGAAGAAGGUCAUCUCUUAUUUUGCGAUGGUCGGUGCCUCGCAACAGUCGAAAAAGGAGAAGAGCAAGAAAGACAAAGCACAAGUCUCGCUCGAGGAUCAAAUUGUGCAGACCAAUCCGGUGCUGGAAGCUUUUGGUAACGCCAAAACUGUCCGUAACAACAACUCAUCGAGAUUCGGAAAAUUCAUCCGAAUCCAUUUCAAUCAAGGAGGAAAAGUCGCUGGAGCUGAUAUUGAACAUUAUCUUUUGGAGAAAUCUCGUGUCAUCAAACAAGCUCCAGGAGAGAGAUCCUACCAUAUUUUCUACCAAAUCUACUCGGAUGCCGUCAAAGGACUCCGUGAGAAGCUCUUCCUCACCCGCCCCAUCAAGGAGUACACCUUCGUGUCCCAAGCCGAAGUCACUAUCGAUGGAGUUGAUGAUAAGGAAGAAAUGCUUAUCACUGAUGAGGCUUUCGAUAUCAUGAAGUUCACAGCUACCGAGAAAUCCGAGCUGUUUGCCAUCACUGCAGGAAUCAUGCAUAUGGGAGAGCUCAAGUUCAAGCAGAGACCAAGAGAGGAGCAGGCUGAAUUGGAGGAUGGAAAAGAAGGAGAGUUGGCUUGCAAGCUGUACUGUGUUGAAGCCGAGAAAUUCGUUGGGGCCCUUUUGAAGCCACGUGUUAAGGUUGGAACCGAAUGGGUCAACAAGGGACAGAACUUGGAUCAGGUUAACUGGGCUGUUGGAGCUCUUGCCAAGGCUUUGUUCGCUCGCAUGUUCAAGUGGCUUAUCACCAGAUGUAACAAGACUCUUGAUGCUCAAGACUUGUCCCGUGACUUUUUCAUCGGAGUUCUCGAUAUCGCCGGUUUCGAAAUUUUCGAUCUGAACUCGUUCGAGCAGCUUUGGAUCAAUUUCGUCAACGAGAAACUGCAACAAUUCUUCAAUCAUCACAUGUUCGUGUUGGAACAGGAAGAAUACAAACGAGAGGGAAUUCAAUGGGAGUUCAUUGAUUUCGGACUCGACUUGCAGGCCUGUAUUGAGCUUAUCGAGAAGCCACUCGGAAUCGUCUCUAUGCUUGAUGAGGAAUGCAUCGUUCCAAAAGCCACCGAUCUCACCCUCGCUUCCAAGCUUAACGACCAGCAUCUCGGAAAACAUCCAAACUUCCAAAAGCCACGCCCACCAAAAGGAAAACAAGCCGAAGCUCAUUUGGCCAUCGUCCACUACGCCGGUACCGUCAGAUACAAUGUCAAGGGAUGGCUUGAGAAAAACAAGGAUCCCCUCAACGACACUGCUGUCACUGUGCUCAAGGGCAACAAAGGAAACCAGCUUAUGGCUGAUCUUUGGGCAGAUUACAGUACCCAGGAAGAUGUUGCUGCCGCUGCAAAAGAAGGAAAGAAGGCCGUUGGAAAGAAGAAGGGAAAGUCGGCUUCGUUCAUGACCGUCUCCAUGAUGUACAGAGAGUCAUUGAACAAGUUGAUGCACAUGCUUCACCAGACUCAUCCACAUUUCAUUCGUUGUAUCAUUCCCAACGAGAUGAAGAAAUCUGGAAUGAUCGAUGCCAACUUGGUUCUCAAUCAGUUGACAUGCAACGGAGUGUUGGAAGGAAUUCGUAUUUGCAGAAAGGGAUUCCCCAACAGAAUGCCAUUCUUGGACUUCAAGCAAAGAUACGCUGUGUUGGCUGCCGAUGCCGCUAAAUCUGGAAAGGAUCCAAAGGAUGCUGGAGAGAAGAUUUCUGCUGCUCUCAUCAAGGAUGGCAGCUUGAAGCCAGAAGAAUUCCAAUGUGGUCUUACAAAGGUGUUCUUCAAGGCUGGAGUCCUUGCUCAUCUUGAAGAACUCCGUGAUGAAGCUCUUGGAAAGAUCAUGGCCAAGUUCCAAUGUGCCUGCCGCCACUAUCUCGCCCAAUGCGAGUACAAGAGAAAGUUGGACCAGAAGGUUGGACUUAUCGUGCUCCAGAGAAACAUCCGUGCCUGGUGUACCCUUCGCUCAUGGGCCUGGUUCAAACUGUUCGGACGUGUCAAGCCACUGAUCAAGGGAAGCAAGAAGAACGAAGAGUUUGAGGCUCUCGAAAAGAAGUUCAAGGUACUUGAGGAGGAGAAAACACAGGAAGAGAGAAAGAGAAAAGAUAUGGAGGCGGAGAACGCGAGACUGGAAGCCGAGAAACAGGCACUGCUCAUUCAGCUAGAGCAAGAAAGAGAUUCCAGUGCUGAAGGAGAGGAACGAUCUGCCAAGUUGCUGUCACAGAAGGCGGAUCUCGAGAAGCAGAUGGCCAAUUUGAAUGAUCAAUUGUGCGACGAGGAGGAGAAGAAUGCAGCGCUUGUGAAGCAAAAGAAGAAGAUCGAGCAAGACAAUGAAGGCCUCAAGAAGACUGUCUCUGAUUUGGAAACCACUAUCAAGAAGCAAGAAAGUGAGAAACAAUCCAAGGAUCAUCAAAUCAGAAGUCUCCAGGAUGAGAUCCAAUCUCAAGAUGAGGUAAUCUCCAAGCUCAACAAGGAGAAGAAGCAUCAAGAAGAAGUCAACCGUAAGCUCCUUGAAGAUAUCCAAGCUGAAGAGGAUAAGGUAAACCAUCUCAACAAGACCAAGGCCAAGUUGGAAUCCACUCUUGAUGAACUUGAAGACACCUUGGAGCGUGAGAAGCGUGGACGUCAAGACUGCGAGAAGCAGAAGAGAAAGGUUGAGGGAGAGUUGAAGAUCGCUCAAGAACUCAUCGAAGAGCUCAACCGUCACAAGCACGAGCAGGAGCAAGUGCUGAAGAAAAAGGAUAUUGAAUUGAACUCUCUGCAAUCAAGACUUGAAGAUGAGCAAUCUCUCGUUGCCAAACUUCAGAGACAAAUCAAGGAGUUGUUGGCCAGAAUCCAGGAGCUUGAAGAGGAACCGACAAUGAAAGACAAUCAAGAUCCAAGGCUGAGAAGGCUAGAAAUGAAAUGCAAUUGGAGUUGGAAGAGUUGGGAGACAGACUUGAUGAAGCUGGAGGAGCAACUCAGGCACAAAUCGAGCUCAACAAGAAGAGAAGCUGAACUCGCCAAACUCCGUCAAGACCUCGAGGAUGCCGCUAUCAAUGCUGAAACCAGCAUGGCUGCUCUCCGCAAGAAGCACAAUGACGCCGUCGCCGAGCUCUCCGAUCAGCUCGACACUGUCCAAAAGAUGCGCGGUAAACUCGAGCGUGAGAAGAAUGACAAGCAGAGAGAGGUGGAUGAGCUCCAACAAUCCGCUGAUGUUGAAGCUAAGCAACGCCAGAACUGCGAGAGAAUGGCUAAACAACUCGAGGCUCAACUCACUGACAUCACACUGAAGAGCGAUGAACAAGCCAGACUUAUUCAAGAAUUGACCAUGAGCAAGAACAAGAUCCACUCUGAGAAUCACGAUUUGAAUAGACAACUUGAAGACGCAGAGUCCCAACUCUCGGCUUUGAACCGUAUCAAGCAACAACAACACAACCAGAUGGAGGAGUUGAAGAGAACUCUGGACCAGGAAACUCGCGAGAGACAAUCCCUUCACUCCCAGGUGUCCAACUAUCAAUUGGAGUGUGAACAACUUCGUGAAUCCCUUGAAGAGGAACAAGAUGCCAAGACUGAUGUUCAGAGACAAUUGAGCAAGGCCAACUCUGAAAUCCAACAAUGGAGAGCCAAGUUCGAGGGAGAAGGUGUCACUAGAGCCGAGGAGCUUGAGGAGACCAGAAGAAAGUUGACCCAUAAGGUUCAAGAGAUGCAAGAGCAACUUGAGAAUGCCAACCAGAAGAUUGGAACUUUGGAGAAGACCAAACAACGGUUGGCCCAUGAUUUGGAAGAUGCUCAGGUUGAUGCUGACAGAGCCAACUCAAUUGCUAGCUCCUUGGAGAAGAAGCAGAAAGGAUUCGAUAAGGUUCUUGAAGAAUGGCGUCGCAAGUGUGAGGCUCUUGUCGCUGAAGUUGAACAGAGCCAACGUGAAACUCGCGCCGCUGCCACUGAAACCUUCCGUCUUCGCAACCAACUUGAAGAAUCCGGAGAACAAACUGAAGCCGUCAAGCGUGAGAACAAGGCAUUGGCUCAGGAAUUGAAGGAUAUUGCUGACCAACUUGGAGAGGGAGGAAAGUCUGUUCAUGACCUUCAGAAGCUUCGCAGAAGACUCGAAAUCGAGAAGGAAGAGCUCCAACAAGCACUCGACGAGGCCGAAUGCGCUCUUGAAGCAGAGGAGGCCAAGGUGAUGCGUGCACAGAUCGAGGUGUCUCAGAUCAGAAGUGAAAUUGAGAAGAGACUCCAAGAGAAGGACGAAGAGUUUGAGAAUACCAGAAAGAACCACAGCAGAACCAUCGAGAGUAUGCAAGUGUCGUUGGAAACCGAGAGCCGCGGAAGAGCCGAACUUCUCAAGACCAAAAAGAAGCUCGAAGGAGAUGUCAAUGAACUCGAAAUCGCUCUGGACCACAGCAACAAACUCAACGUCGACGGCCAGAAAUCUAUCAAGAAGCUCCAAGACACCAUCAGAGAGCUUCAACUUCAAGUGGAAGAGGAACAGAGAUCAUUGAACGAGGUCCGUGACCACGCUAAUCUUGCCGAGCGUCGCUCUCAAGUCCUCCAACAAGAAAAGGAAGACCUCGCCAUCAUCUAUGAGCAAUCUGAGAGAUCUCGCAGACAAGCCGAGCUUGAAUUGGCUGAAGUUAAGGAUUCAGUCAAUGAGCUCUCCAACAGCAACUCUCUUCUUUUGGCUACCAAGAGAAAGGUCGAGGGUGACCUUCAACACUUGCAAUCUGAAGUUGAGGAAGCUCUCAGUGACGCUAAAGUUAGUGAUGACAAGGCAAAGAAAGCCAUCAUGGAUGCCUCGAAACUUGCCGAUGAGCUUCGUUCGGAGCAGGAACACGCCAGCAACUUGGACAAAUCAAAGAGAGCUUUGGAAUCCCAAGUCAAGGACUUGCAAAUGAGAUUGGACGAGGCCGAGGCCGCUGGAAUCAAGGGAGGAAAGAGACAAUUGGCCAAGUUGGAUAUGAGAAUUCACGAGCUGGAAACUGAACUGGAAGGAGAGAGCAGACGGCAUGGAGAGACGCAGAAAGUGCUCAGAAAUAAGGACAGAAAGUGCAGAGAGCUCCAGUUCCAGGUUGAUGAGGACAAAAAAUCCACUGAGAGAAUGUACGAUCUUAUUGAAAAACUCCAACAGAAAAUCAAGACAUACAAGCGACAGAUUGAAGAUGCGGAAUCCCUGGCAUCUGCCAAUCUUGCCAAAUACCGCCAACUCCAACACGUCGUCGAAGACGCUCAAGAAAGAGCCGACGCUGCUGAGAACGCCCUCCAGAAGAUGAGACUGAAAGGACGAAGUGCGUCCGGAGUCUUCGGACCGCGUGGAUUGGCGCACUCGAUGUCAACAACCGGUGUGGCCUCCAUCAGACGUGGCGGCUCCCGAGGUGCAUUCCUGGAUGAGGACUUUGCCGAGGAAUAA